UUUAGGAAACUACUGUUCUAGAGUGCCCGCACAUAUGCGGAAGUGGCCUCUAAAAGUGGGCGGGGAAGAGGAGAGUGAGUGGUUUUGGCGGGAGAUAGAAGGCUGAACAGAGGCAGCAGCAAUGCAGGCGUUUCUGAAAGGCCCAUCUUCCAUCAGCACCAAGCCCUUACCUGCCAAGGAGAAGGGAACAGCUUCUACUGCAGGAGGCAGUGGAGAGGGGAAAAGGGUUCGACCUGUUCCAUGGGUGGAAAAAUACCGUCCAAAAUGUAUGGAUGAAGUUGCAUUUCAAGAGGAAGUUGUUGCAAUGCUGAAGAAAUGCUUGCAAGGAGCUGAUCUCCCCAAUCUCUUGUUUUACGGCCCACCGGGAACUGGGAAAACAUCAACUAUUUUGGCAGCAGCUAGAGAACUCUUUGGGCCUGAAUUGUUUCGGCAACGAGUCCUUGAGCUGAAUGCCUCUGACGAAAGGGGAAUCCAAGUCAUUAGAGAAAAGGUGAAGAGGUUCGCUCAGCUGACGGUGUCGGGAAGUCGUUCAGAUGGCAAGCCGUGUCCCCCUUUCAAGAUCGUAAUCUUGGAUGAAGCCGAUUCUAUGACCUCAGCAGCUCAGGCGGCUUUAAGGCGCACCAUGGAGAAGGAAUCCAAAACAACACGUUUCUGCCUGAUCUGUAAUUACAUCAGCCGGAUAAUCGAACCUAUAACGUCUCGAUGCUCUAAAUUCCGUUUCAAGCCCCUUUCAGACAAAAUCCAACGGCAGAGACUCCUAGAAGUUGCUGAAAAGGAGAAUGUUGCAGUCAGCAGUGAGGCCAUCUCACACCUUGUACACGUGUCGGAGGGAGACUUGAGAAAGGCCAUCACGCUGCUCCAGAGCGCCACGCGACUGACGGGUGGAAAAGAAGUCACGGAAAAAAUUGUAACGGAAAUUGCAGGGGUCAUCCCUAGAGAAAUGCUGGACGGGUUACUUGCUUCCUGCCAGAGCGGUUCGUUUGAAAAACUGGAAGCUGUAACGAAGAACCUGAUUAAUGAAGGUUAUGCAGCUACGCAGCUUAUCAACCAGCUUCAUGAUAUCAUUGUCGAGAGAGAGGAUCUCAGCGACAAGCAGAAAUCCAUUAUUGCAGAGAAACUUGCCGAGGUAGACAAGUGCUUGGCUGAUGGUUCUGAUGAGUUUUUGCAGUUGACCAGCCUCUGUGCAGUGGUGAUGGAACAACUUCAGAAUAGCUAAGGGACCUGGUAUAUUGUGUUUGAUGCCAUUUUGGAAACUCUUUCUAUACUUUUGCAAUAAAAAAAGCAACUAGAGCAAAAA